AUGGCUUUUGGUGGCAUCCUCGAGGAUUCCCAUCUUCCUCACGUACCCGGAACGGUCAUCCUCAACGAAGAGGCCGCUCACUCAGAGAACAUCACACGCGGAUUACGACAUGGCAGAGGCAAGAACGCUGGAGUCGUGCUCGCUCCCCAGCCCUCUGAAGACCCCAACGAUCCACUCAACUGGUCCACCGCGAAGAAACUGACAAUCACCUUCAUCCUUGCUUUUGGAGUCAUUCUCUAUGCAGGAACCGUUGGGCCUUUGCUCAAUGCUGGGCUUUCGACAAUUUCCAAAGACUUCAACGUCCCACUCGGAGAUAUCACUGUCAUCUCUGGCUAUCAAUUGCUGGUCGCUGGCUGCUUUGGCCCUCCAGUGUGUGCUUUCUCGAGGAAAUAUGGCAAACGCCCGCUGUUCGUUCUCUGUUCCAUACUCGGUGUCGUUGGAACCAUCAUCGGUUCUGUAGCAACCAGUCUCGAUUCUCUACUCGCUGCUCGAAUUGUGCAAGGCUUCGCUAUAUCGGCCUACGAGUCGCUGGUCAUCACGGCAAUCGGUGACUUGUUCUUCGUUCACGAACGUGGUAUCUAUGCUUCGGCAAUCAACUUUCUACUUGCGGGCAUCUCCAACUUUUCAAGCGUCAUUACGGGAACGAUCGUGGAGAAUUUGGGUUGGAAAUACCUGUUCCACAUUCUGAACGCUUUUGUCGCACUCCAGCUUAUCCUGCUGUUUUUCUUCUGUCCCGAAACCACCUUCAACAGAGACAAGCAGUAUGACACUGAUGAAAAUGCAAACGUGGAUCUCGAAAAGCUUGCAGAGGCUGAGCACCGCGAUGAUGUCGAGUUGGAGAAGACUGCGAGCUCUGGCGCUCGAGCAACGCCUCUACCCUCCCGCAAGACUUUCCGACAGGAGUUGGCCAUCUUCACUGGUACCUACACGGACGAGACUCUGUUUCAACUCGUCAUUGGAUCUUUUGCGGUGUGGACGAACUUGGCAGCUGCUUGGUGCAUCAUCGCUGUGGGCAUAUCGACCGUCCUAUUUGUCGCUGUCGCUUUUGUGCUCGCACAGAUCUUCACCUUACCACCAUACAACCUCAGCGCUUCUGGAGUUGGAUACUUGUCUUUAGGUCCAUUUGUUGGCUCCAUCAUCGGCUCGCUUGCUCUAGGCAUCAUGCUCGACCCUCUGAUCAAAUGGUUCAGCAAGCGCAACGUUGGAACCUACGAACCUGAAUAUCGUCUCGUGGUCAUGUUUGGAGGCCUUUUGAUGGGCGGUGGCCUGAUUGCUUGGGGCUACAUGGCUGAACACGGUAUCAAUUUAUAUGCUUGUGCUACAGUCCACGGCAUUAUCCUUGUGGGUGUCGUGUCUAUCUGCACCGCGGCCACAGCAUACGCCCUCGAUGCCUACCGCGACAUGAGCAACGAGAUCUUCAUCGCGAUCAUGCUGCUCAAGAACGUCGUUCUCUACGGCUUCAGCGAAUUCGUCAACAACUGGACAGCGUCAGCCGGCCCCUUUGUCGUCUACAGCGUCUUUGGUGGAAUCGGGCUAGCAAUCUGUCUAGCAUCCAUUCCAGUCUACGUAUACCGAAGUUACUGGGCUCGCCACAACCUCCUGGAAAAGUUUGGCGUUAAGACGCAUGCAGAAGUUUGA